AUGGACGUUUUAGAACUUCCUCGUCCCGUAAUUAAUUUUCUUCGUACAAUGGCUAAAGAAAGUUGUCGUUAUGUUUUGUCAUGGGAUAUUUUUGGUGGCCCCGAGAGUGUUACUCUAACUUUAACAUGGAAAUUAAUUCCAGAUGAGCAACCCUUAAGUGUCGAAGAAUUAAAAAUGCUUUCAACACCACCACAACCAUCUUCUUCAAAUCAAACAUUGACAUCACUUAAUACUAUGACUACAUCUCGAACACCGUCUACUCGUCCAUUACGAUCAUCACCAGUCAUCGACAAUGAUAUUCAUACGUGUGACAGAUGUGCGUGUGAUGAACAACCAGUUUAUUCAUCAUCUCCACGUCGAAAUAAAAAAACGAUUGGUAACGAACAACAACAAACAAGACGACCAUCAUCUCCUACUUAUGGAUUUUCGUCAAGAACUUCAUCAUCAAGACGUUCAAGAAAAGAUGAACCAUCUCUGACUACAACAUCGACUAUUACACGAGCAGCCAAUGUUUGCACGGGUGCCGACACUGUUAAUAGUAAUAAUAAUAAUCAUCAGACAAUAUUUCGUGCACUACGAGGAAAAAGUCUUGAGACUGUACCACAGAGACUGAAACAUAAAAUAUUUAAUGAUUUAGAGGUCAAAGAUAAUGUUGAAACAACAGUCCCUGUCAGUCCAAUAUCUCGCAGUCAUCAUAGAAUCGUCCCUUACGAAGCAUCUACUUCGCGAAGUUUAGAACGAAAUACAAAUACGUUUAAAGAUAAUCAUAAUAGUAAAGAACGCGAUAUACCUAUCGAUCGAAUUAAUCGACGAAAACACAAUGAGCUGACAACGAAACUAGAAUUGUACAAUAAUAUCGAACAACCUCAACGAAUAAAUUUGAAUAAAAUAAAUUCACCUGUUGUUAAAUGUGCAACAAUCUCUUCACUUUCUAGUCCAUCAUCUUCGCCGGCAGCAGAAAGUAUUGUACCUCUUCCACUUCCACCACCACCAAUUAGUUUAGCCUAUCGAAAUCGAAAACAAAAUUUUCACAAUCAAUCAUCAUCAACUUCAUCUACGACGGCGAAUACAACAACAGCAGCGACGGGCACAUCUUCACUACUCGAAUCACCUCAUACAAAACGCGUAAAUUACCAUAAUUAUAGUUCUACAGCUGUCUCACGUAAAGCACCAUUGGAAAAUAUUCUUUAUACAUCGUUGCAUCAACAAAAUAAAUCAUCACUAACAGACAGUACAGAAACAAUUGAUCCAUGGGUAAAACGUUUUGAAUGCUCAUUAGAAGAGGAGGAAAAUGAUGAGAGAGAAGGAGUAGAAGAGGAUAUCGGAGUAAAUGAUAAAUAUGGAACAGUUAAUAGUAAAGUCAAAUUUAAAACUCUGCCAGAUUAUAUUUAG